AUGUCUUCUUCGCAGCACUUGCCACUUGAUUCCCUCUCCGAUGAGCUGCCACAACCCCAGCCCUUGUUCUCCUCCUUGUGGCGGCCCAUUGCCGGUCUGAUCGCUUUGUCCGUCAUCUACCAUGCCUACAUCAUCCUCUACCGCCUCGCCCUUCACCCUCUCGCCAAGGUCCCCGGCCCGAAGCUGCACGCCGCCUCGUGGUUCCCCUUCCUGUGGCAGACCAACGUCGCCGCCUCCGCUCCUCGGACCAUCGAGGCCAUGCAUCGCAAGUACGGCCCCGUCGUGCGCGUCGGCCCGGACCAGGUCGCCCUCGACGGCUCCCUUGGCUGGUCCGCCGUCUUUGCCCACUCCACCGGCUCCCUGCCCGAGUUCGGCAAGCCUUUUGAGCAGUAUUUCCCCGGCGACGCCACCAGCCUGAUCGGCGCGCCGCGCGACCGCCACCGCCGCAUCCGCCGCCAGCUCGCACACGCCUUCAGCGCCGGCGCCCUCGCUGAGCAGGAGGCCACAGUCACGCAGUACGUCGAGCUUCUCCUCGACCGCCUGCGCACGCUCGAGGGUGACGAGUUUGACAUUAUCCCGUGGCUCAACUUCACCACCUUUGACAUCAUCGGCGACCUGGCCUUUAGCGACUCCUUCGGCAGCCUGGCCAGCAGCGCAUACCACCCGUGGGUGCUGUCCAUCUUCCAGGGGAUCCGUGGCAACGCGCUCCGACGCUUCCUGCGACAUUACCCGAGCCUGGGAUUCAUCGCAGCGCGUCUCGGCCUGGCAAGAGACUUUAAGGUGGCCGAGCACAACCGGCACACGGCGCGGGACAAGGCGGCGGCGCGGAUGCGGCUGGGCGUGGAGGGCCCGGCGGGUAAAAGUGAUUUCAUGACGUACAUGCUGCGCAAGACGAGGACGGACGAGACUGCGAUGAACGAGGAGGAGAUCCUGUCGACCUCGCCGAUCCUGGUCGUCGCGGGCAGCGAGACGACGGCUACGGCGCUGGCGGGCUUCUUCUUUUUUCUGGCGCAGAAUCCGGACAAGAGGGAGCUGGUCGUGUCAGAGAUUAUGGAGGCAUUCCCGGACGAGAACGGCAUUGACAUGCGCAGCACGGCGAGGCUGGAGUAUCUGCACGCUGCCCUGGAGGAGACGCUGCGUCUGUACCCGCCCGUCGCGGUGACGCCGCCGCGCGUCUCACCCGGCGCCGAGAUCGGCGGAUAUUACAUUCCCAAAGAUGCAAGUUGUCCUACCCUGAUUUCCGUGCACCAGUGGGCGACGUUCCGCAACCCGGCAAACUUUCAUCUUCCGGAGCAGUUUCUGCCGGAGCGAUGGCUGCCGGCGUCGCACCCGCGAUAUGAGGCGCGCUUCGACGGCGACAACAGGGCCGUCUUCAAGCCUUUCAGCCACGGCCCGCGCGACUGUAUCGGCAAGAACCUGGCCUACGCAGAAAUGCGCCUGCUCGCGGCGCGAGUGCUGCGCAGCUUUGAGGUCACUAUCGAGGGUCAAUCUGACUGGCAGACCAAGCAGCGCAUGUUUGGGCUGUGGGAGAAGAUUCCUUUGAAUGUUCGGGUCAAGUCGCGAUCAAGCGCAAAGUAA